AUGCAGCCCAACCAAUGGCAGCAACAGCAGUUCUCAUACCCUUCCUUCCAGCAACCCCAACCGACCGGUGCACCACAAGGUCAAGGUGGGUUCGGCGGUAACAAUGUCAACCCUUCUUUCCUCUCCACCCAGCCUACAGGAUAUCCAGGUCAGCAGCAGCAACUACAACCCAUGCAGACUGGAUAUCAACCCCAACAACCUCAACGGACAGGUAUGAUGGGUGGGAUUAGUCAAGGUAAUACCGGCAACAACUAUUCAUUCCUCAAUCAGCCACCUCCUUCCAACUCAUCGUUCCGAUCCAACAAUCUCACCUCUCAGAUGACUGGAUAUCCCGGUGGGGGAGCUAGUGGCCUCAUGUCGCAGCAGACAGGAUAUCAACCCUCUGGUCUGAUGUCUCAACCUACCGGUGCAUCGGGAUUGCUCUCUCAACCCACUGGAUUGAUGUCACAGCCUACUGGUAUGGGUAUGGGAAUGGGUAGAUUACAACCUCAAGCUACCGGUCUACCACACGAUCCGAGAUUACAGCAGAUGAUGCAGAGCUUCAUGCCAUCGAAUAUUAGUCAGCCCUUCGCACCGUCCGGGUUACCUCAAUUCAAUCAACCACAAUCCCAACAACCACUCACCCAAUCAUUCCAAUCUCUCUUACAGAACCCAUCGGUCAAUACACCUAAAGUACCUUGGACUCUAUCUAGACAAGAGAAGAAGGAUUAUGAUCAGAUCUUUAGAGCUUGGGAUACCAAAGGGGAUGGGUUCAUCUCCGGUGAGAUGGCCAGGGAAGUGUUCGGACAAAGUGGGCUGGAUCAGGAUAACUUGAUGAAAAUCUGGAACCUAUCGGACAAGGAUAACAGAGGCAAACUCAACUUGCCUGAAUUCCACGUUGCGAUGGGUUUGAUCUACAGAGCCCUCAAUGGAAACACUAUCCCUGAUGUUCUUCCCGAAGAACUUGUCCCCGCUUCCAUGAGAGAUAUCGAUACCACCGUCAACUUCAUGAAGGAUCUCUUGAAACACGAAGCAUCCAGUCGAUCCAACGCUUCUUCGCCUGGUUACGGAGGUAACAGUCCAGCUCCGACAGGUGCAUCGAAAGACGCGUUGAUGUACAAGCAUUCUGAUGAACGACCGUCCACCUACAAGCCUUCGUCAAGACAUCUAGAUAGGAAGUCGGUCAGAUACGCUGGGGAAGAUCCUGAUGCUGAACUGAAAGAUAUCAGACGUAAACUCGAAAACACUUCUACCUUCUUAGAAAAAUCCGCUGAGAAAAGUAUUGAAGAUGAAGAAUUAGAAGAAGAGACUGAAGCUCUUCACUAUAGAGUCAAGAGAAUUCAAGAAGAUAUUGAAUACACUUCCAAAGGUAGACGUACAGUUGAGAAAGAUGAGGAGAGAAGAAAGCUCGAGAGGGAAUUACUAUACUUGAUGCAUGAGAAAUUACCUGAACUCGAACGGAAACAAGAGAGAAGAUUGGAAGAAAAAGCUAUGGAGGAGAGAGCAGGUGUCAGAAGAAGAGAUGAGAGGAAUCAGACUCAUGGUCGAUACGAUAACAGGGACAGAGACAGGAAUAGGGAUGAUCAUGAUAGGUAUAGAGGUACUUUCGAUAGGGAUAGAAGCAGAGAGCGGGAUAGAUAUGACGAUCGAGAUCGAUAUGAUCGUGAUAGGCUAGGUAGUAGGGAUAAGGACUAUGAUCGAUAUGACCGCGAUCGACGAGGGUCAUAUGAAAGACCUAGAUCACCUCCCUCUACCCGGUCACCCCCUCCGGCACCUCCUCCAGCGUCUGUUGCUGCGGCCGCCUCCGCUCCACCACCGCCGCCAGCACCCGCCCAAGCUGCCGCUCCUUCCACCAAGAACAUGACUCCCGAAGAGCGAAAGGCUUAUAUCAGGGAACAAGCUCAGAAGAGGAUCAACGAUCGACUUCGUGCGCUAGGAGUGGAAUCUGCUCCAGCUGAAGAGACGGUGGACACCAGUGUUCAAGAUAGGUUGGAGAAGGAGAAGAAAGAAGCAGAGGAGAAAUCUAAACAGGCCGAAGCUGAACAAGCUGCUCGAGAUGAAGCUAGAAGAAAGAGACUAGCUGAAGCUGGUGGUCCCGCUCGUGAGGAAGAGAAAUCCCAGACCUCAGCUCCACCUGCUCCCCCUUCACCUGCUGCACCUCUCAAAUCAGCAAUGAAAAAGCCGGCCGCCCCUCCACCCCGAUCCAAGGUCGCACCUCCCCCACCUACUUCUAGACACCCCUCGACUCCAGCUGCGCCUGCCCCUCCACCAUCUGCACCUAAAAUAGUCGCCCCUCCCGAAGAAGAUCCCGAAGAAGUCGAGUUACGACAGAGGGAAGAAGCCGCUGCCAAGGCCCGAGCUGACCGUAGAGCCAGAUUGGAACAGCUUCAGCGAGAAGAAGAGGAAGAACGUAAGCAGGAGGAAGCUUUGUUAGCUGCCAGACAAAAUAGAAGCAAAGCACCUAGUCCUGCUGUAAUUGCACCUGCAACAGAGUCGGCACCACCUCCCCCCGCUCCACCUGUUCCUCCUGCGCCUGCACCUCCUUCUGAAACAUCUUACAAUCCAUUCCGAAAACCAGGUGCCGCUCCUGGAGCUACCCCAUCUCCUGCUGCUCCUGCAGGAGGUUUCAAUCCUUUCUUCAAACCCUCUGCAGCUGUUUCCUCUGGCACCGCAUCGCCAGCUGCCAAAUCUCCUGAACCUGCUGCUUCUGCUCCUCCACCACCCCCGCCUCCAGCGCCUCCCGCUCCACCAGCUCAACCAUCCAAGACCGCUUUCAGAUCCCCUCCAAGUGAGCCAGAGUGGGAAGACAUAACCGAAAAAGAAGCCGACUCCGACGACUCGUCCGACGACGAAACCUUCUCAUCUAGAGUGGGUAGACAGGGUCUCGCUCAGGCUCUGUUCGGUAAUAUUUUGGGAUCAGGUGGAUCAAGUUCGCCUACCACCUCGAGACCUGGAUCUACCACACCUGCUGCACCCGCCGCACCACCAGCACCUAAAGCUCCUUCAGCUGCGUUGUCCAACUUGGGCGGUGGAGAUCCCGGUCAAUCCAGAGGAGCAUUGUUAUCGGCCAUUCAAGGUGGGGCUAGACUAAAGAAGACUCAGACGGUAGACAAGUCUGGUCCACCAGGUAUAGGCAAAGUGAUUGGUGAUUCUGCUCCACCGUCACAUAUCAACGAACAACCUCGAGUUGUUUCUCCUCCUCCAGUACCUCACUCUCAAGAACAAGAUGACGAGGAUGAUUUCCAAAGCAGUAGAAAUGCGAAUAGGCAAAGUGUAGACUGGUAUGCUGGUUUGGCGGCUGACUCGACCCACCCUGCCGCUCAACAUGCCGAGGAGUCUACAUUGACUUCUACAAAAGAGGAAGAGGAGCCGACAUCUAAUGGUGGAUUCGAGCAAGUCAAGGAGAAUGGCGGUGAGGCUGAUGGUCUGGAUGAAUUCGAUCUAUCCAAGACUCUCCGUGUUCGAUCGCUCUACGAAUUCGCCGGGACAAGAGAUGUCGAUCUCAGCUUCAAAGAGGACGUGGUGCUGGAGGCUCACCCGGCCAAAGAUGCAAGCAGUGCUUGGUGGUACGGUACAUUGGUCAAGGAAGGGAGUAAAGGAUGGUUCCCCAAGGAUUACGUUGAGGAAUUACAUGUCACUCAAGCCAAAGCCUUGUUUGACUAUCCCGCGGGCGAGGAAGACCAACUACCAUUUACGGAGGGUGAUGUACUAGAGAUUGUCGAUCAAUCAGACCAAGAUUGGUGGAAGACUGAGAAAGCAGGAGUCAUAUUCUUGGUACCUGCAAGUUACUUGGAGAUUCAAGGCUCGGAAUCCGAAGCCAAAGCUCCCACUGACCCUAUCCUAGAUAUCACACCUCCACCUCAAGAACCCAUCAUCAAAGAUACUGAUAAAGUUGAACAGCUUGCUCCACAACCUACCCUAUCCAGUGCCAUACAACCUAGACCCACAUCGAUGCUAUCUGUCACAUCUUCAAUCGGCAGAUCCCCUUCUCUGUUGUCGGACGAUGACGAUGAUUCGUCUUCUUCGGGCGACUCGGUCCUCUCAUGGUGGUCAUCGGACGAAGAAGGGUCAGACGUGGAUGAGGCAGAGAGUGAAGAUGAGGAGAAAGAAGCGGAGAGGAAGAGAAGAGAGGAGGAUCGACAGAAAAUCCUUUCUGCAGCUGGAUUGCAGAUAAAGAGAGAACCACCACCUAUCCCUGGACCAGGUUCUAAAGUGGGUAGGGUCGUUUCGAGACGUAGACCACCACCUGGUGUGCCAGGUAAGAAACGUAGAAAGGCACCUGCUAUACCAAGACCUUCACCUGGUCAUCCUAGCAAAUCCUUACCUGCCAUACCUACUUCCGAAUCGCCCAUCACCAGUCCAACUGGGACAACAACCUCGAAAGAACCUCAAGACGCAUAUGCACGAUACGAAGCUUUCCUCGCCCAAUCUCAACGUCCACCUAAUUUGAGGGUUGAUUCCAGUGCGAGUGGUAGAGCCAGGAGUCAAAGUCUGAUACAGAAAGUGACGACCAGUCAAAGUAUAUCACCUCAACUUACUGGACCUAGCGCUUCUGCUUCUACCUCCAGUGGUAAUGUACCUCAACCUCAAUCUCCUACUCCUUCAACCGCUCUGUCCUUAUCAGGCAGUACCAGCGGCGGGAAAAUAUCUGGAUUUUUCAAUAAAUUAAUGACGAACGCAAAUCAACCUCAUCAUGCUAAACAUCCGAGUAUCUCUGGACCAAUUAUCAGCGAAAUGAUCAGUAGACCCGACACUCCUUCUUCUACCAACGCUAACAAUAACGGUGGAGGUACACCAAGUGACUUUGGUAAGACCUGGGGUAGUCUUGUGGAGCCUUCUGUACUGGGAACGAUGAGUGAUAGAGAGAGGAAGAGGCAGGAGGCUAUAUUUGAAUUCAUAGCUACGGAAGCUGGGUACGGAAGGGAUCUGCAACUGAUUGUAGAGGUAUUCUACGCAUCCCUUAUCCCCUUGCUAGAUGAGAAAUCGUUAGAAACUAUUUUUGCGAAUAUCGAAGAUAUCUUACUGUUCAACACCUCUUUCCUGAGCUCAUUAGAAGAUAGACAGAAAAGCUGUAGAUUGUAUAUCGAUUGGAUUGGUGAUAUACUGGAGGAGCAUCUUGCGAACGCUGAUGUCUACACGACUUAUUGUGUGAAUCAACCUGCUGCGAUCAAGCUCUUACAAACCCUCAGAGAGAGCAAUCCCGAUCUGGCAGGUCAUCUCGCUUCGCUUCGAGAAAACACUCCCACACUUCGAGGACUUGAUCUCUCCCACUUCCUUCUCAGUCCUAUGCAACGAAUCACUCGAUACCCCUUAUUGAUCAAACAGAUAAUCCACUAUACCGAUAUCCUAGACCCAUCGGGUGAACCCAACUCCGAUCUUCCUCGAGUCGAGAAUGCUUUGAGGAUGGUAGAGCACAUCGUCGGUCAAAUCAAUGAGAGUGUGAGAGAGGCUGAAGGUGAGGAGAGGUUGAAGGCUCUAAGUGAGAAUUUAUGGAUUGGCGGAGAGGGCCGUCUCGAUCUCACCGCUCCAACAGCCUUGAUGGGGCCAAGAAGGUUACUCAAGGAAGGAAAGGUCUCCAAGUCUAAAUCAGGCAGGAGAUUGACGAUGAUUCUGUGUAACGAUAUCAUCGUCUUACUGGAUGGCCAAGACUUGUAUAGGAUGCCUUUACCACUACACGAGGUUCAAAUCCGACAUGGUAGGGAUGAUACCAGCUUCAUCCUGAAAAUCGAUGCACGAAGAGGUGGAGAUACUGUUGCCCUCCGUGGAGUCAAUGCCAGAGAAGUGAAGGAUUGGAUCCAGUUGAUUACAAAAGCUCGGUCUGGCGCUUUGUACGCCAGGGGAGGACGCAAAUGA